AUGGAUUAUGUGGAUACAAAAAUAACUGAUGACAUUGAUACCUCUUUUUCGUUUUCGACUCCUUCAUCAUCAAAAGCUAGUAGUGUUAUUCCAGAUGAAGAAUAUGAAGAUGUCCCUUCUUCGAUUUCAACACCUUCUUCAUCAAGUGCUGGUAGUGUUAUUCCAGAUGAAGAACCAACCAAAACCGAUUUCCAUCGCCCGACCAAAACCGACGGACCGAAACUUACCCAUCCGGCAUUGAUGGUCAAUAAAACGGCCAAAACGGGACAAAUUUCACUUGACUUGCCAGGCACAGACGACGAUCUCAGAAUAGAUAUGCCCCAUACUUGA